AUGAACACGGUAUACAAAGAUUUAAAUAGUGGUACUAUUGGUUUAACAAUUGAUGAAGAUAAUAGUAGUUCUGAUGAAUUAGAACACCUUUACAAUAAUACCGAUAGUCCAAAAAGUGUUAGCAUCGAUGAUGAACCAUUCGGUUCUUACGUUACAGAAAAGGAAUUUGACGGUGUUAAGAAUAUUGGCAACAUUAUCGGGAAUGAAUCAAAUCAAAAUGAAUUUGAACAAUAUAAGUUGACUAUUAAUUUAUGCCUAACAAAUAACGAAAAACAACUAUUGAGAUUGUCAUGGGAUUUAAUCAACCACUAUUCGGGAGAUCUUAACGCAUUUCCAUAUGAUACUCUAGAUAUUAGAGAGUUACAUAAUCAUAUAAGUAAGGCAACUCCUGAAGAGCUCAUGGACAAAUAUGGAUUUGAACGUAAGCCAAGUGAAUACUUUUAUGAUCAAUUUUACAAUAACCUUAUCGAAAUGAAUCCACGCUUGGAAAUCGAGUUUCCUACUCUUAGACACCAAGCCAAGGGAUUUUCAUUUGUAUUAGAAAAAGCACUUGAUAAUUUUGAUGACUUGGAUGCAAUAGAUAUUUACAUGGAAAAGUUGGGGAAAAGACAUGCAAGAAUCUUGGGAAUUAACAGAGUAUCAUUUGAAUUAAUGGGUGAAGUGUUUUCUAAAACAAUAAAUGAACGUCUAGGAGAAUACCACACAUUGGAAAUACAAAAAGCAUGGUCGAAGCUAUAUAUUUAUCUAGCCAAUAGAAUUAUUGCAUCAGGUAUAGAUCCAAUAAUAAAUUCAAUAAGACAAGAUGAAUUGGUUUUGGAGACUCCUGUGUUUUAUAAGGAAAAUGAAGAAUGUUUUAGAGCAUCAUUAGAUGAAUCAUCAGAGUAUAACCUUACUAAUAUAUUGUCCAGCAUUCAUAACAAUCCCAACUCCAAUAAAACGCUCAAACUUAAGGAUAAUGUCAAAUCAGGAUUAUCAGAAACCAAAUUGCAGCAAUCUUCAGAUCAAAGUCGCUACAAUACCUAUAAUCAAAAUGGAGCAUUGAAAUAUCCAACUAACACUCCUCAGAAAAAGAGAUGUGCUAUUAUGUAA